CCACAACGUCCCUCUCGCGCCAUUCGCCGUCAGGACGAGAACGCAAACCGUCCUAUAAUCCACAACAAGUCCGCCAGCAACGUCUCUUCAGCCGCUGCCAACGCUGCUUUGGGGAACAUGGAAUCGCAACAGCCCACUGGAGGCGGCCUCAAAGCUGCUGCCCGGAGGACCGCGUUCGGCGAUGUCAGCAAUACAAGCAAGGGCAACAAUGUUACUGCCUCUGGCAAGGAGAGUAGCAGGGGUGGUGUCAUUGUCGUUCAGGAUAAGCAGGGUCAGAAGACCACUGGCGCGAUCUCGAAACCAGCUCAGCGAGCCCAGGGGCUCAAGCCUGCUUCUUCGAUCGCUACCCAGACUUCGGUCACGUCUCAACACGUUGCUCCAUCGAGGAAUAUUGCCCGUAAGACCGCGGUUUACCAAGAUAACAAGCGUCCAAGCCCGAAGAGGACUAGUCCCAAGCGAACCAGUCCAAAGGUUUCGCGGGAUGCGGUCGUUAAGAAGGAAUCGCAACAAUUCGGCAGACAAGCCGCUCGGCCCCGUAGCAAGAGCCGUGCUUCUAGGCCUCUGUCGGGCCUUUUGAGAAUAAAGCAACAUCAAGCUAAGGGUGAAUCUCCAGUCUAUUCGGAUCAGGCGUCUCACUCCUACUCCGAUAGAUACUUGGAUGAGGAUCAGGAGAGCACUGCGGCUGAGGCUGAAGAUGAUGACGAAGAUGCUUCGGAGGAUGAUGAGACUCCGGGUGGUGUCAAGACUGCUGAAGGUCAACUUGAGGUUAUCUCAGACUAUGAGAGUGAUGAGGGUGAUGAUGAUGAGACUGAGUACAACGGUGCAAGAGCGCGUCCCGGAGAUAAUACUACUGGGGUUACCACGCAAGUUCUUGUGCCCAAGAUCACAUCUCAGACCAGGAAGGAAUUGAGUAAGGUUCAGCGCGAGUUCUUUGACGACGAGGACGAGGGUGAUAUUUCCAUGGUUGCGGAGUAUGGCGAUGACAUCUUUGAAUACAUGCGUGAGCUUGAGGUUAGUACUAUAUUACACCAUCAUCGAUUGUGCUAGACUUUCUCUAACAUUUUGUGCCAUGACACAGGCAAAGAUGUUGCCGAACGCCCACUACAUGGACCAUCAAUCAGAGAUUCAGUGGUCAAUGCGCGCGAUUCUCAUGGACUGGCUCGUCCAGGUUCACACUCGGUUUAACCUUCUCCCCGAAACUCUCUUCCUCACCUCCAACUAUGUCGAUCGCUUCCUCUCGGCCAAGGUUGUCUCCCUCGGAAAGCUUCAACUUGUCGGAGCUACAGCACUGUUUGUCGCUGCCAAGUAUGAGGAGAUCAACUGCCCGUCUGUUCACGAGAUUGUGUACAUGGUCGACAACGGGUAUACCGCGGAAGAGAUCCUCAAGGCGGAGAGAUUUAUGCUUUCGAUGUUGCACUAUGAACUUGGUUGGCCCGGACCGAUGAGCUUCUUGAGGAGAAUCAGCAAGGCCGACGAUUAUGAUCUUGAAACCAGAACGCUAGCAAAGUACUUCUUGGAGAUCACCGUCAUGGAUGAGAGAUUCGUUGGAAGCCCUCCAAGCUUUCUCGCUGCCGGAGCGCACUGUCUCGCCAGACAUAUGUUGAAGAAGGGAGAAUGGGUAAUUUUAUCUCUUGCUUCCAAUCUAUCAUUUUGUUGCACUUUUCCUGUUUUUUUUCCUUUCUUUUUUUAUCUCAACGUUCCAGUUGGUUCACAUACCCCUGUCUGUCAUCGACCCGUUUUCCAGGGGCCCCCCCCUCCAAUGGCCAACACAUACUUGCGCCGGAACGGCUUUUUUUUCUUCUUCUUCUUCCCUUUCCAACGCCUUCCACUCUAUUCCUUGUUCAACUUGUCUUGUCUUGUCUUGUCUUUUUUUUUUCUUGCCCAUUUCGUUUUCCUCCGGAACUGCUGCUAUCCUUGCCACGGGAUCACAUGACCGACGUCGGCUAAUCACAAUGUUUAAAACAGACACCUGCGCACACCUUCUAUUCGGGUUACACUGCUUCUCAGCUGGAGCCGUUGAUCCAUACCCUUGUCGAGUGCUGCGAGAACCCGAAGACUCACCACGGCGCUGUAUACGACAAGUUUGCCGAUCGUCGGUACAAACGUGCUAGUCUGUAUGUUGAGAACUGGAUGAAGACUGAAGUGGCUGAGGAGAGUGGUGAUGAAGAGUAG